UCGCGUUCGCAGCAGGUGCAAUUAUUAGUGAUAAAAAUCAUAGAUAAGCGAUUGCAGUUAUUGUUUUACUAUAUCUGUACAUAUCUGUGUAACCUAUAGUGCCAAAUAAUUAACCAAUUAAUCACCCAUCAUUAACAGAGCAAACACAAAUCGCGUAGACGUAUACCUCUCCCAAAUUAAUGUUUAAGUAACUAACAGUGCCAAAUAUUUAAACAAUUUCUUAUAAAUCAUUUUUUAAAGUCGUAUUGUUGUACAUAUAUUUGAAGUUGAGUGUAGUUAAUAAGUGAUGGGAGCAAAAGGGAGCGUGGAAGCUGCUAAAAUCAAUGCACAAAACUGGAAUAAUCUCGAGCACAAGCACAAAUCAGUACACCAACGGUCUCAGUCGUUGAACCGUGGUGUACGAGGCCAGUGGGGAUCUAGAGGUCCUGAAAUCGGACACGGAGACAUGUGGUGACAGCGGGGGCAGUGCCAGUGCCCCGCGGCUAUGGGAAACAAACUGAGCUGUUCGUGUGCCCCACUUAUUAGGAAAGCCUAUCGAUAUGAAGAUUCGCCUUGGCAAACCUCACGUAGACGCGACGGACAUCUCCUAAGAUUAUGGGCUGAAGUAUUUCACGUUUCCGCAAGUGGAGCAGGCACGGUAAAAUGGCAACAAGUCAGCGAGGAUCUUGUACCAGUUAACAUAACGUGCAUUCAAGAUUCGCCCGAAUGCGUUUUCCACAUUACGGCCUAUAAUUCUCAAGUGGAUAAAAUCUUAGAUGUUCGAUUAGUUCAACCUGGUACUCGAAUAGGACAAGCGUCGGAAUGUUUCGUUUAUUGGAAAGAUCCAAUGACGAACGACACCUGGGGUCUAAAUUUUACAUCGCCUAUAGACGCUAAACAGUUUAGGGAAUGCUGUUGUGAUCAAUUGCAGUCGCCGUCUUUCAAGUUCUCAAGGAAGGCGUCGUCUUCAUAUUCGCUGAAAUUGGAGCCACCGAAUAAGCAGAAGUUUAAAACAAAACGAAAACCGCUCAGCACACCUGCCUCGCCGAGUAGAGCUAGAGAACCACAAUGUACGUGUAUGACACCUGAACAAUAUGCUAGAUUACGUGCUCAAGAUCCGCGGUAUCGAGGCUCUUCGACACUUCCGAGAGCGCAAACGAGAACGACAGAUACAGAUGCGAGGGCUGAUAAAGUUACAGCUGCAACAUCUUCCACAAGUUUAUAUGAUAACGUUGGUGCUACUACACAGACUGGAACUACUCAAGUUACAGGAACCAAAGGUACGCAAAGAGAAGGAAGCCAAACAAAGCAAACAAGAGAUCGAGGCGUUCAACAACAAUCUCAAGAAACGAGUACCAUGACUUCAAACACUUCUACUGGACCAAAGACUGUCACUGCUUCAAUUGGAACACAAAACAACGUUGGAUCACAGGCCGCUCAAACAGAAUCACCAUCACAAACUCAAUCAUCCGAAACGUCAAAGUCGGAAGAUUAUCCCGACAUGGAUAUGGUACGAGAAGCUGAAUUACGAUCGGCACACCACCACAACAUUUUAAAUAAUAACAUUAGCAGUAGAAGAAGCAAAUCAAAAAGUACGGAGGACAUGAACACGCAAAAUAAUAUGAGUUUAGAUAGCAAUACGUUGAAAAGGAUGUUGAAGCCAAUGCCUAGCGCAGAGAGUCCUGUUACCUCACCCGAACUUGGGAGGAAGCGGUAUAACUAUUACAACGCACACCAUCAUCGGCAUCCGAAUAACAACAGUAGGUAUUCAGAGCCCGAAACGGCACGGUUAUUACCCAGAUCGGCUAUGGCGCAAAACUCACGCUUCUCCGGAUCCAGAUCUUCGCAUGAAAUAGGAAGAGGAUAUCCUGGGCGCGGUUUAUAUUUAGAAUUGGAACGUAACGCUGCCGGUGACCUUUCCCCGCCUUCCGAUAACGUUCUUUUUGAUAAUCAGUGUUACGCGACAACGCCUAGCUCGAGUAAUGGAAAUUCUGAUCCAGAACAAGCGUCGCACUACCACGGUAGACAACCCAGGCACCCGCAUCACCAUCCGAAUGUGAAUGAGUCCUCCACUCCCGGCUCGCCUACUAGUCGACUGCUACUCGAAUACGAAAUGCACCUAAGAAACACCCUGGCCAAGGGAAUGGAUGCCGAAAGUUAUAGUUUGCACACAUUCGAAGCGCUUCUGACACAAAGCAUGGAGAAUUUAGAAUUCGCCGAAAGCUUACCAGGUUCAAAUCAACGAAGUCCGUAUCCGUCGAGGAAAAGACCAGCCCCCUCUAGUUCUUCCAUAAACAAGUCUUCAACAUUACCCUUAUCUCAUAGAUUGAGUGUUGAUCGUUCUUCAGGUGGUAGAGAAAGAGAUCGGGAUCGCGACGGCUACUAUAGCGAUAGAAACGAGUUGUUGAGAGAGCGGGAAAAGGAAAGAGAAAGGGAACGGGGAUAUCUGAGUGAUCACAAUACUGGCUAUAAUUCGAGAUGCGCUUCCUGUAUCGGCGAAUCUAGCAGGGCGCAGUGGUUCCGUCAUUCGGACGGAUGGCGUUCUGGAAGUUCGACGUAUAGUUCAACACAAGGUCUUCCACAAGGUGGUCACAAAAGGUCCCCAUGGGAUUCGUUACCGUCGCUUCGCCAGGAUAGUAGCCUUAACGAUAGCGGUUAUAAAAGCGGACGAACGGACUCGUUCGAACAAAGGGGUCUUUUUGAUCGUCAAGAUAGCCUUAGAUCCGACUACAUGAGCGAUCGAGAAUCCCGAUAUGGUAUCGUUCAACAGGCUUCCAUUGAAAGUGCCGAUUCCAAAUUGUGUUAUCUCACGUCGUCAGAGAUAGCAAUUGAGUGGUUAAUAUGGGAGGAAAAAGUAAGAGAAAUUAACAUCUUGCACGCUGCUAAAGGGAAGGAAAUGGUACUAGGUGGUUUAUCCGUCGACGGGUAUUGCGCAGAAACAAAUCAAGUCUUCGAAAUGAUGGGGUGUUUCUACCACGGCUGCACAAAUUGUUUUAAAAACGAUCGUGAUAAACCAGUAUAUAAUAACAGCGACGAGACCAUGAAUCUAAGAUAUGAAAAUACCCGUUCGAAGAUCGAUCAUUUAAAUCAACUAGGUUACGAGGUCAUAGUGAAAUGGGAAUGCGAAUUUAAUCAAGAGAAAAACUCCGAUAUGACUCUGUACAUAUCUGACCAUCCGCUAAUCAAUUUUGCCCCUUUAAAUGCGAGAGAUAGUUUUUACGGAGGUCGCACAGGAAACAUCAAGUCUUACUACCAAGUGAAAGAAGGGGAAAAAAUAAAAUAUAUUGAUAUCUGCUCAUUGUACCCCUGGGUUUGUAAGUAUGGAAAAUUUCCGCUAGGACACCCCAAAGUUUUACUCUCGAAUGACUUGAUCGAUCUAGAUGUUACCAAAGUAGACGGCAUCGUUAAAUGUAAGGUAUUACCUCCGCAAAAUUUAUUUCACCCGGUACUUCCAAUAAAACUAAAUAAUAAAUUAAUGUUCCCUCUGUGUUUCUCUUGCGCCAAGAGCUUUAAUCAGGGGGAAUGUUGUCACAACACAGAGGAGAGAGCCAUUGUGGGAACUUGGGUCGUUGACGAACUUGUUAAAGCUUUAGAAAAGGGGUAUGAAGUUCUACAAAUCUACGAAGUUUGGGAUUAUAAAACCGAACAAUAUGAUGGGAAGACAGGGGGAUUAUUUACAGAAAUGAUGAAUAAAUUUAUCAAAAUUAAACAGGAAGCGAGUGGAUGGCCCUCGAACUGUAAAACUUUCGAACAGAAAAUUGCAUAUAUUGCUCAAUUUUUUGAAAAAGAAGGAAUUCAUUUGGAUUUUGAUAGUAUUGUAACUAACCCAGGUCUGCGCUCAUUGGCAAAACUUAUUUUAAAUUCAUUUUUUGGUAAAUUUGGGCAACGGGAAAAUCAACCGAAGACAAAAAUUGUUAAGCAGUCGACCGAACUGUAUUCACUACUAUUUGAUCCAGCAAUUGAAGUUGUUGGAAUUUUACCAAUAAACGAGGAAACAUUGGUAGUCAAUUAUCAAUACAAAGAGGAAUCAUAUACUCCUUUAAGUACAGUUAAUGUUUCAAUUGCGGCGUACGUCACAGCACAAGCACGUUUAAAAUUGUACUCCUACUUGGAUCAAUUAGGGGAAAGGGUUUUGUAUUUUGAUACCGAUAGUGUUAUUUAUAUUUCACGAGAAGGCGAAUAUGAGCCCGAAACAGGCGACUGCCUUCGUGACAUGACCAAUGAGCUGGAGUGUUACGGACCAGGAAGCUACAUCACCGAAUUUGCGUCGGGUGGUCCAAAAAAUUAUGGAUUUGUGGUCUACUCUCCUACUCAAGAUAAAUGUUUUCAAUCGUGUAAGGUAAAAGGCAUAUCAAUUAAUCAUGAAGUAUCAAAAUUGGUAAACUUCGACACGAUGAAAAACAUGAUAAUUAACGAAGAGCCGCCUCAGAAAAUAUUGUAUAAGAAUUUUGAAAGAACCGCAGAACAUCAGGUUUUAACUGUCCAAAGAGAGAAAAUAUUCCGACCGAAUCUAUUGAAAAGGUGUUUCAGCAGUUACGAAUCGUAUCCCUAUGGAUAUAAAAAAUUUAAAACGGAAGAAGAUGAAGACAGUAGGAAUCGCGGGUCAUCAUUUCCCGAAGCAUCUAUAUAUCUCCAACUCCAACAAGAGCAAUGA